GUACGAGAGUCUGGUAGGACCAGGCUACAGAGAUACUGCUGAUAGGUAAAAGCCUCUCCUUGGAUAUGCUUGGAUGACGGUUUCGAUACACGACAAUAGGACGCUGUGAUUGGUUGAAGUUAAGGGGAGGGUGCGCAGAGAAGAGGAGGAAGGGUUGAUCUCGGCGGAGCAGGCAGUAGGCUACCCAAUGGGGGCUCGCAGCGCUUGGUUACUCCGGUUAUCUCUUAGUAGAUGAAUACGUUAAGAAGUAGGAGAAGACGGAGUAGAAGAAGAACCGUCUCAGAGUCGGAGAAAAAACAUCUCGGAGUAGGUGACGAACCAUCUCGGAGUAGGUUAAGAACCGUCUCGGAGUUGGAGAAGUACCAUAUCGGAGUAGGAGAAUAACCUCGUCCUCAUGCUGACCACGUGUACCAGCUGUGGCGGCGAGGCCGAGGCCACGUCCUGGUGUGUGGACUGUGGGGAGGCCCUGUGCCGGGGCUGCGUGGAAGCCCACAAGAGGGUGAAGGUGACCCGCUCCCACCACAUCCUGGACCAGCUCCCAGCGGACGUCCCCAGGUCGGACUCGGCGCCCACGGGCAUCUACUGUCCCCUCCACCGCGAGGAGGUUCUCCAGCUCUACUGCUACACCUGUGACGUCCGCACCUGUCGCGACUGCCAGCUCAUGGACCACCGCGCUCACUCCUUCCAGUAUGUCCACGAGGCUUACCAGAGCAUCAGGAAGCAGAUGUACGGUCUGUUGGUUCCUGUAGACAAGCACACGGAGAAGGCCAUGCAGAGCAUCAUGCUCAUGAGCUCCAGGUUGAAGGAGAUACAUUCCCAAAAAGUUGAAAUGAAGGUCACCUUUCUAACGCUAGUAAAAAGCUUCUGCCUCCACUUCAAAGAGAGACUAUCCAAUCACUAUGCUCAAGUGGCGGCCAUCUACACCUCAGAGGAGGAGGUCCUGAAGACCCGGAUGAAGGGGCUGAUGGAGAAGGUGGAGGACUACACCGUACGGAUCAAGAAGCUCGAGGACGACGCGUCGGACAUCACGACUCUGCUGGCACGCAAAACGGAGAUCAGCGCUUGGUCAGAGUGGAUUCUGAGCCAGGAAGUCGGUCCUCCUAAGACCAUGACCAAGCCCAGCCUCACCAUCAACACUGCCGUCGUGAAGGCCAUCCUCUCCCUCGGUGAGCUUCGAGUGUCUCAGGUUCCUUUCGCCUGCAAGGAAACCAACCCUCAAGAAUGGCCCUCACAGCCCCUGGGCGGUGUGGCUACGACCCCUACGACCCCCGCCGCGUCGACGGCCACAGCCUCCCUCCAUCCCCCUCCUCGGCCAGCAACGGCCCUCCCCAUAACCAGACGCCCCCCACGCCCCGCCCCGCCCCAGCGCUCAGCCAGUCACCCCUCUGUUCUGGGAUCAGCCAGGUCUCAUGUGCCUUUCUUUUGCCCAGACCAAUCAAAUGUAAGAUAUGCUGCCCCCCCCACGCUGUCCUCAUGUGAGCCUGGUUGGAGACCAGUACAUCAGCAGACCGGCCAACCGCAGACCGGCCAACCGCAGACCGGCCAACCGCAGAACGGCCAACCGCAGACCGGCCAACCGCAGACCGGCCAACCGCACACCGGCCAACCGCACACCGGCCAACCGCACACCGGCCAACCGCAGACCGGCCAACCGCAGACCGGCCAACCGCAGACCGGCCAACCGCAGACCGGCCAACCGCAGACCGGCCAACCGCAGACCGGCCAACCGCACACCGGCCAACCGCACACCGGCCAACCGCACACCGGCCAACCGCACAGCGGCCAACCGUACAGCGGCCAACCGCACACCGGCCAACCGCACACCGGCCAACCGUACAGCGGCCAACCGUACAGCGUCCAACCGUACAGCGGCCAACCGUACAGCGGCCAACCGUACACCGGCCAACCGCAGACCGGCCAACCGCAGACCGGCCAACCGCAGACCGGCCAACCGCAGACCGGCCAACCGUACAGCGGCCAACCGUACAGCGGCCAACCGUACAGCGGCCAACCGCAGACCGGCCAACCGCAGACCGGCCAACCGCAGACCGGCCAACCGCAGACCGGCCAACCGCAGACCGGCCAACCGCAGACCGGCCAACCGCAGACCGGCCAACCGCAGACCGGCCAACAGCAGUCCAGCAUUGUUGGAUCGAGCCUUCAGAGCUCCAGCCAUUAUUAUUUUGGGUCAGGCCAUCAAAGCCAAUCGCAGACAGGUCGAGCCCCCACCACCCCGGUGUGGAACCCUGCAGGCCUCCUUCAGGUCCACAUCCAGGCCCCGUCCGGUCUCUCACUAGUGAACUCUGAUGGGUCCUUGGUGGUACCAAACGCCCCGCCUCUACCUCCUACGCCUUCAGCAGAUCUCCCCCCGGGCGCAGUACAGCCCACCGUGGCCAACCCGUCCAACCAGCCCCCCUACUGCGUGCUCCCCGUCGGGACCACCUUCUACCCCAUCCUGUCUUCUGCAUUGAGCGGCUUCCUCAAGGACAAGACGGGCGGCCCGGUGGGCGGGCCGGGCCAGAAGGUCAUCAUGUUGGGGGCGCCCAUCACGUCCACGACCCCCACGGUGGUGUUGGACUCUGACCCCCCGGAGAAAAGAAAACCGGGGAGGCCCAAGAACUCUUCCUACCACUCUCUCUGUAAACAAGUCACUCAGACCACAGCGCCGUCGGCGGUGGAUCCCGCCACGCCGCUGGCCUUCCCCUCGGGCGGCUCCCCCUCCAGGGGCGCCGGCCGUGAUGCAGAGGUACCCGCCGGGCACCCGACUCAGAACCAGAUCCAACCGGUCACUGAGGAGGCCAGGCCGCCACCCCCCCACCCCCCAUCAGAUCAACCCUUGACUGAGAACCAGAUCCAACCGGUCACUGAGGAGGCCAGGCCGCCACCCCCCCCUCCAUCAGAUCAACCCUUGACUGAGAACCAGAUCCAACCGGUCACUGAGGAGGCCAGGCCGCCACCCCCCCCUCCAUCAGAUCAACCCUUGACUGAGAACCAGAUACAACCGGUCACUGAGGAGCCCAGGCCGCCAUCAGAGCGGCAGACCCCACCCCCCUACUGGUGGGGUCGCCACUCCUCGAGGGUUAACCAGGUCAGGGACCAGAACCCCCUUCUGUACCAGAUCAUCCUGGAUAGUUUCUCUAGCAGUAGCAGUAACGCCGGAGACUCCUUAACCUCUGACCCCGAGCGUGAACAGCCCGGCCCGGACCCCAGGGGGGCCCCGCCCUCCCCAGAGGCUCCGCCCCCGACCACCAGGACGGUGAAGGCCCUGGCAGACUCCUCCAGCCGGGGCCCGGAGGAGCGUCCGCGGGCCCCCAACAUCCAGGAGAACGAGCUGACCUCCACCGUGUCCGACCCCGCGCCCCCGGAGGACGUCUCCGGUGUUCCCAGAGGAUUGUGGCCCCGGGUGUCCGAACGCUCCCCUCCGUCCCCCGGGGCCCAGGGCCCCUCGGACACCCGGGGCCACAAUCUGCCAGCGUACCCCGGCGUGCAGGAAGCGCCCCCCGCCGAUCCUCACGGAGCAGGCUGGGCGCAGACGGCCGGAGCUUCAGCCGAGGACCCGGCCGGUCCUGAGACCCCAGGAGGGGAGCUGAUGGGAGGGCCGGGGGAGGGCACCGGGCGGGCGGCGCCGGGCCCCUGCAGCCGGGCGGCGCCGGGCCCCUGCAGCCGGGCGGCGCCGGGCCCCUGCAGCCGGGCGGCGCCGGGCCCCUGCAGCCUGUGGCCGGUGGUGUCUCUGUACCGGCUGCCCCUGUCGGCGGGCGCUCCCGGCCGCCCGACUCCCCGCUACCGACUCCACGCCGGAGACACGGAGCAGGAGAUGUUCCUGGAGGAGUUGAUGGACGACGACCUGCCCCGUGACGAGGAGCAGGACUCCUACCUCCAGCCUCUGUCGUCGCCCGGGUCCCCUGAGGGCCCCCCGGCCCCCGGGUCCCUGGCGCCCUGCGCGUGCUGCCACGCCCUGUCCUGCGACGCCGCCUGUAGCCGGUGUGAGCGCAGCUUCCACGGCGCCUGCCACGUCCCCCCCGGGGCCCUCUCCGGGCCGGAGUGGGUUUGCUCGCUGUGCCAGGACCUGUCGGACCCCAGAGACCCCUACGCCUCAGAGAGGCGCUACACGCCCUGCCUGAGCCUGCUGGAGCAGCGGAAGUGUGAGUGCGUGCUGCUGUCCCUGCUGUGCCAGCUGGGAGACCCCACAGAGGCUCUGGCUCUGGUCCAGAAGCGGCUCUGUCACCUGAAGAACCCCCCCUACAGAACCUCCUUAGAGCUCAUCACCGACCUCCAGCUGGCUGUGGACCUCCACUCCCCCUCAGAGGACGAAGAGCCCAGCCUGUGGGAGGGGCUCCGGCUGACUGCUCUGCUGGGCGUCGACCCCGACCCCUCCCUGAGGGACCCCCAGCAGCCAGCCAGCCCCCCCGGGGACCCGGGGCCCGGCCGGGACGCCGACCGGGAGGAGAGGGCGGCGCAUGGCGGGGGCCGCCCGACGAAGAGGUCGAGGGUCACGGGGAGGGACCUGAGGGCCGACGGCUCAAAGCCCAGCAAGAGGAGGAGGAGGUAGAGGGGCCCCUGGAGGACCUGGGGGCCUCUAGAGGACCAGGGGCCCCAGGAGGGUCUGGGGGCCCCUAGAGGACAUGGGGCCCCUGCAGGAGCCUGAGGACCAGCCGGUACUACCUCGAUUGGACCGAUCCUUUCGAUCCCUUGUCCCUGUGACUCUGAACUUGAACCCUGGUGCUGGGUGUGAGCGCUGGUCUGCCCUGUGAAGGACCCGUUCACACUCCUCCUGGCACCUCGGCUGAUUGUAUUUGUGCCGGCAUUCUAUUGUUUACGAUGGGCAGAGGCCCGAGACCUGAGCCCAGAGAUCUGGGCGAAGUCCUGAAGUGGGUCAACGGUGGAUCCUGGUUUUGUUCGUCCGGCUAAACGCUCAGGGAACUGAUCCGUUAUCGACGACUGUUUUCACACAAAUAAAUAUAUAUUUUCAGACCAAA